AUGUCGGGCGGUGGCCGGCCGCAGGCGGCGCAGCAGAUCGUGCAGUCGGUGCAGCGGCACGUCCCGCUCAAGCCGGGCCGCCCGCCCUUCGCCGUCCCAGGCAACUACCACCGCUUCCCCCUCACGCUCUCCCCCGCCGACGCGGCAGCGGCAGCAGCGGCGUCCCCGGGCAGCGUCGGCGGCGACGUCCAGGAGGAGAUCGUCACCAGGACGCCCCUAAAAAGAAAAGCUCUAUGUGGAGAAAGCAUUGCUGCUGAUUCAACUGAAUGUAUCAUGAUAAGUAGCCCUGGGUUUACUGAAGGAGUUGGCAGUCCACUUAUGACCCCAGUUUCUGGAAAAGCUGCUAGGACAUACAAGUCGAAGGCUAAAGUUGGCAAAGCUGGACCUCAGACCCCUAUAUCAAAUGCUGGUUCACCUGGCAAUCCAGUCACUCCUGUUGGUUCUUGCCGCUAUGACAAUUCAUUAGGAUUGUUGACCAAAAAAUUCAUUAGUUUGCUCAAGCAAGCUGAAGAUGGCAUUCUAGAUUUAAAUAAUGCUGCAGAGACAUUGGAGGUUCAAAAAAGGCGCAUAUAUGACAUUACAAACGUCCUUGAAGGAAUUGGGCUAAUAGAAAAGACGCUUAAGAACAGAAUCCGUUGGAAGGGUUUGGAUGCCUCAGGAACUAACUUAGGAAUUUCGGAUCUGCAGACAGAAGUUGAAAACCUUAUUCUCCAGGAGCAAGAAUUGGAUGAAAGUAUAAGUGAAAUGCAAGAAAAGGUCAAGGAGUUAACUGAAGAGGAAAGCAAUCAGAGAUGGCUAUACCUUACUGAGGAUGACAUCAAGGGGUUGCCCUGCUUUAAGGAUAAAACACUAAUUGCAAUAAAGGCACCUCAUGGUACUAUGCUGGAAGUACCAGAUCCUGAUGAGGCUGGUGAUUACAUCCAAAGGAGAUACAGAAUAGUUAUAAGGAGUACAAUGGGUUCAAUCGAUCUCUACUUGGUUAGUAAUUUUGACGGGAACUUGGAGGAGCUGGUUGGUGUUGCAACGCCUCAAAAACAUGCAGAUGUGGCAAUACCUACCACCACGGAGGGCUUCAGAACCAUAGAAGCUGGACAGAGCAGCAGAUCGAAGGACAAAUCGCCGAACAUUGAGCAUGUCCACAAAAUUCCUGAUCUAAAUGCUCAAGAUUUGGGAGGGAUGACCAAGAUCAUUCCAGAUGUUGAUAUUGAUGCAGACUACUGGCUUCUCACUGAUGGUGAUGUUAGCAUGACUGAUAUCUGGAGAACUGCACCAGAGGCGCAGUGGGAUCAGUUCUUAGCUCAAGAGGUGACUACCCCACAGGCAAUGAGGGAACAACCAGCGGUUCUGGGUAAAGCUACAGUUGUAUCCCCCGCCCAAGGAUAACCAACGAGAUAAAUUAAGGGAUAUCUCUAUUUAAGGAUAUUUUGGAGCAACAGAGUUCUUUUUUUUGGGAUGGCAAAUGGUUUUUCUAGGACUCUUUGGAGGCUGGUGAUUUCUAUCAAGUUCUGCAUCCUUUCUCGUAAAGUGGAAGGUGGUCUAGCAUCGUUCUAGCUAUACAGCCUGAGAAAUGCAUCUUGCCAUUGUCUGACGACAUGUGUUCAGUAACUUAUUUUUGCUUUGCCACACCUCUUAUGGUUUCAGCACGUCCUUCCAGUUAAAGGUGCCAUUUUCCAACUUUAGUUCACUAGUUGAGGUCGGUCUUAGUGGGCGGGUUCUCCCUUUAAGUUAUGUCACAUGAUAUUGUAAAUAUUGUGUUA